AUGGCAGCCAAAGCCAUUCCGCAACCUCAAGGUGGAUUCCAAUCCCAGCAAAAAGAUCGAUUGGAGCGAGAGAUUAUGGCACUCUAUAGGAGUUCUCAUCGAAACAUCGUUGAAUAUAUCCACUGGUAUUCCUCCUCGCACGAACUGUGGAUAUUCACCGCCUUGAAAGCAGGAGGAGUGGAUAAUUUAAUUGAUCAAAAAUACUUUGAUCAAAAUCCCGGUGGAGUUAAUGAGCUUCUUGGUCAGAUGCUCCAGGCCCUUGACUAUCUCGCCUACAACAGAGUUAUCCAUCGCGAUGUUAAACCAGCCAACAUCCUUUACACACCACUUGAAUCUGCUCAGUCUCACUUUCUAUAUCAACUCACGGAUUUUGGACUAUGCAAUUCCACUGAUGCCGCCAGAUCAAAUGUUGGGUCGCCCAUGUAUCAGGCCCCGGAGGUGCAAUCGCCGGGAAGGGACAUGCAAACAUGCAAAGUAGACGUAUGGUCUCUCUUCGUCACAGUGGCGGUCGCGCUGAAUGUGAACCAAUACGGGAGCAAAAUGCUCAGCUCACACGCCGAAUGCGUUGCUUUCGCUUUGCAGGCCGCAAGUGCCCCUGAGUUGCAAACGAUCAAAGACAUGACUGAAAUAGACCCCUCUAAGCGUCCUUCCGCAGCGCAGAUGCUUGUAAAAUGUUAUAAUGGGAGGGGUCUUACAACGCCACGUAACGAGGUCCCUAAUUAUCCUAAGGAAAGUUUGCCCAUGCCCUUCCACACGGGCUUCCCGAACCCACAGCCGGGAUGGCCCCCGUCUGGUCUGGCAUAUCCCUCGCCUCCUGCCGUGCCCAACGAACAUUGGAUGGGUGCCCACACGUAUGAUGGACCCCAAUUUCCCCAACGGCAAACUGGGGCGCCUAAUCGAACCACAAGCGCGUUGGGCGCUCGAAGGCGGCCCCAUCCGCCAACCGAUAGCAAGCGAGAACCAACACAGCACGGAUUCCCGAGCAUGUUUGCGUGGAGACAGUGA